CUUCCCCAACCAUAUUGUAUUUGCACAACAGGGGUUCGUCUAGGACUUCAACGUCACGAAGCGAAUGGCUGCCACAGCCACACUCGAGACCUACGAAAUUCCAACACUCAUGCCUACCCUCCUCCGGCACCAACCACCAACUCAUACAGCCCAAAGCCCAAAACUAUCUUUUUUUUUAUUCCUUCUGUUUUGUCAGCCAAACUUCCCAUUAAUUUCGAUUGUUUUCGUCUUGGGUUGUAACGCUUCUCUGUUUUGUUGGUUUUUCCCUCUAAGCUCUCUCUGCCAUUUUAAUGGAGGCCAGGCUGUUAGGAGCUGGUUCUUAUGCUUCCAUUCUUGCAAGACCCAUUUGCCCCUUGGUCCUCCAGACUAGGCAGAGUUUUUCUUUUAGGUUCCAAGGCUCGAGCUUGACGAAGAGAGGCAUUCAAUCAGUACAAGCCGCAGCAACUUCCGUUGGGUCAUUGGUGAUCAAGAAAAGGGUGGACGAGAGUGAGAACUUGACACUGGAGGGUAUAAGAUGUUCCUUAAUUCAACAAGAAGAUAACAUUAUAUUUUGCCUUUUAGAGAGAGCUCAAUAUUGUUAUAACAUGGAGACGUACGAUUCUAAUGCUUUCUCCAUGGAUGGGUUCCAUGGCUCUUUAGUAGAAUACAUGAUCAAAAAUACUGAAAAACUUCAUGCUCAGGUGGGUAGAUACAAGAGCCCUGAUGAACAUCCCUUUUUCCCGGAUGGGCUGCCAGAGCCAUUGUUGCCACCUUUGCAAUACCCACAGGUACUACAUCCUUCUGCCGACUCAAUUAAUAUAAAUAAUAAAGUGUGGGACAUGUAUUUUAGAGAUCUUAUCCCAAGAUUAGUGGAGGAAGGAGAUGAUGGCAACUGCGGAUCAGCUGCUGUUUGUGACACACUGUGCUUGCAGGCUCUUUCAAAAAGAAUCCAUUAUGGUAAAUUUGUUGCAGAGGCCAAAUUUCGAGCCUCUCCAGGUACUUAUGAAGCUGCCAUUAGAGCACAGGAUAGACAAAGACUGAUGGAUAUGCUGACAUAUCCAAAAGUGGAAGAUUCAAUCAAAAGGAGAGUAGAAAUGAAGGCCAAAGCUUAUGGCCGAGAGGUGACAGUGAAUGUAGAGGAAGAUGGAGAUGAAGCUGAACCGGUAUAUAAAAUAGUACCAAGCUUAGUGGCUGAUUUAUAUGGUGACUGGAUCAUGCCAUUAACAAAGGAAGUUCAAGUUGAGUAUCUACUCAGAAGGUUGGAUUGAAUAGGGAGUUUGAAUAAAAAGGAAAAAAAUUGUGUUUGGAAAGGGGCUUUUGAUGAUUGUAUUUAUAAGUAUUGUAGGUAAAAGAGAAUCAGACACGCUUUGAUUAUGAACACUGAUAUAAUUUUGUGAA